AUAACGAAUGUUUGUACUACACAAAAAAAAUUAACAAGUCAAACCAUGAUGUACUUGUACUACAGUACAACACAUUACACAUAUACAUUUAAGAAAACACAAUAAAUACGAACCUAUUCUCUCUUAAAACUUUUGUCUAUGAACAGAAUCCAUCAUAAUACCUAUAUACCAUUUUAGUAAACAUGGAUCACGAUAACAUGCAUAUGCCACCACCAUCAUCAUCAUCAUCGAUGUCGAAUCAUACCAAACCACACAUGAUGAUGAUGCACAUGACAUUCUUCUGGGGCAAGAACACGGAGGUUCUCUUCUCCGGCUGGCCCGGGACUAGCUCCGGCAUGUACGCUCUUUGUCUCGUCGUUGUCUUCUUUCUCGCUGUGAUUUCCGAGUGGCUCGCCCAGUCUCCUUUCCUCCGUGCGGAUAGCUCCACCAGCCGCGCCGCUGGGCUUUCUCAGACAGCCGUGUAUACACUCAAGACUGGCCUGUCGUAUUUGGUGAUGCUCGCUGUUAUGUCCUUUAACGCUGGCGUUUUCAUCGUUGCUAUCGCCGGAUAUGCCGUGGGUUUCUUUUUCUUUGGAAGCACUGCUUUCAAGAAACCAUCCGAUGACCGGAAAACCGCCGAGCUCCUCCCGCCGUCGUCAGGCUGCCUUUGCUAACAAUUUUUUUUUUUUUUCUUAUAAAGAACUUUUCCUUUUGUGUGUGCAUGGUUGGCUUAAAAAAACAAAGAAAAAAAAUUAAUAUUUCAUUUUGGUUAAGUCGAUCUAAUAUUAGUGGACGUUAAAUAUUUUCAAUCCAUGUUACUUAGGUUACAAAUAG